UUUCUCACUCUCACCAAAACCUCAAGAAUUAAACUCAGACAUUUAAACCUCAACCAAUCAUCAACUAAACACAUUUGUAAAGAAGAGAUAUGUCACACUGUUUAUCCCUUUACACUCCCAUUUCUCCCACUUCAAAAUUUUCCACCUCCGGCAGAAAUUGUGCCAAGCUCGCCGUCAGGGCGGCGGCGGCAGACGGCCGAGAAAAUCUCGAUCAUUUGCAAAAGCAAAGUAGGCCUCAGCAGCAGGUCAAGAAAAGGGCCACCCCUUCCGUGGCUCCAAUUGGUUUAUGGGACAGGUUUCCAACAGCUCGGACAGUGCAGCAAAUGAUGGAGACAAUGGACAGGAUGAUAGACGACCCUCUCGUCUACAGCAGCGCCUGGGCAGCCCCCUCACCUGCAGCCGACGCGGUGAGCAGCUUCGGGCGAGGGAGGACGCCGUGGGAGAUCAAGGAGGGCGAGACCGAGUACAAGCUGAGGUUCGACAUGCCAGGCAUGACCAAGGAGGACGUCAAGGUGUGGGUCGAGGAGAAGAUGCUCGUCUUGAAGGCCGAGAAGAAGGCCGCAGAGGGCGAGGAGUGGCCGGCUAAGAGCUAUGGGAAGUACAACACCCGGAUUGCCUUGCCUGAGAAUGUUGAGUUUGAGAAGAUUAAGGCUGAGGUUAAGGAUGGUGUGUUGUAUAUCACUAUACCCAAGGCUAGUAUUAGUGCUAAGGUUUUUGACAUUAGUGUUGAUUAAAAGAGAUUAAUGUUAAAUGUAAUCAUUGUUAGAUAGUUUAAUAAACAUCUAUUUUCCAUACAA